GUAGGAUUAAGUAGAGUUAAGGAAGUAGGGCGUUGAGGCCUCCCACGUUUCCGGCGGCACAUAUUGUGGGUUUACUGGUCCCAGCGUGUGGGACUGGUGGCGCGGUCUCGGAAGCAGAGAAGUGCAGUGGCCGCGGGACUGGAGACCCAAACAUGGCAACCCUGGAAGAAAGCUUCCCCCGAGGGGGUAUACGAAAGACCCACAAAUCAGAGAAAGCUUUCCAGCAGUCAAUUGAACAAGACAACUUAUUUGAUAUUUCUACUGAAGAGGAAUCCAUCAAACGGAAGAAGAGUCAAAAGAGGCCAGCAACAAUGAAAAAGUUAAAAAUUGAAAACAGAGAAAGCAACAAAUCUCUAACAGAUAAAUUUGAAAUCCUUAGUGUUGAGUCUCUGUGUGAGGGAAUGCGGAUUUUGGGUUGUGUGAAAGAGGUAAAAGACCUGGAACUGGUGAUCAGUCUCCCCAAUGGCCUCCAGGGGUUUGUGCAAGUGACUGAAAUCUGUGAUGCCUACACCAAAAAGCUGAAUGAGCAGGUGACGCAUGAAGAACCUCUGAAGGACUUGGUACGCUUACCAGAGCUUUUCUCACCUGGGAUGCUGGUGAGAUGUGUGGUGAGCAGUUUGGGCAUCACAAAAAAGGGCAAAAAGAGUGUCAAGCUGUCUCUGAACCCCAAAAAUGUCAAUGGUGUGCUGAGUGCUGAGGCCCUGAAGCCUGGCAUGCUGCUCACUGGCACUGUGUCCAGCCUGGAAGACCAUGGCUACAUAAUGGACAUUGGUGUUGGUGGGGCCAGAGCUUUUCUGCCACUGCAGAAAGCUCAGGAGUACGUCCAACAGAAGAACAAAGCAGGUGCUAAACUGAAGGUGGGUCAGUACCUGAACUGCACCAUUGAAGAGGUGAAAGGCAGUGGAGGAGUUGUUAGCCUGUCUAUUGGUCCUUCAGAGGUUUCUACUGCCAUUGCUACUGAGGAGCAAAACUGGACCCUUAAUAAUUUGCUGCCAGGGCUGGUGGUCAAAGCCCAAGUGCAGAAGGUGACUCCACUUGGCCUUACGCUAAACUUCCUCUCGUUCUUCACAGGCCAGGUGGACUUUAUGCACCUGGAUCCAAAAAAAACUGGAACAUAUUUCCCAAACCAGCAAGUAAAGGCCUGCGUCCUCUGUAUCCAUCCUCGAACCAGAGUUGUUCGGUUGAGCCUGCGCCCUGUCUUCCUGCAACCUGGGCGCUCACUAACCCGGCUCUCCUGCCAGUACCUUGGAGCUGUGCUGGAUGAUGUUCCUGUCCAGGGCUUUUUCAGAAAGGCCGGGGCCACCUUCAAGCUGAAGGAUGGGGCUCUGGCCUAUGCUCGGGUCAGCCAUCUCUCCAAUUCUAAGAACUUCUUCAAUCCUGAGAACUUCAAGCCAGGAAACACUCACAAGUGUAGAAUUAUCGACUAUAGCCAAAUGGAUCAAAUGGCCUGUCUUUCUCUGAGGACGUCUAUUAUUGAAGCUCAGUACCUUAGAUACCAUGACAUUAAACCUGGGGAGGUGGUAAAGGGCACAGUACACACUGUAAAGCCAUAUGGGAUGCUGGUAAAAGUGAGCGAGCAAAUCACAGGCCUGGUACCUUCUAUGCACCUGGCUGAUAUCCUGAUGAAGAAUCCAGAGAAGAAAUACCAUGUUGGGGAUGAGGUCAAGUGCCGGGUUUUGCUUUGUGACCCUGAAGCCAAGAAGCUGAUGAUGACCCUGAAGAAAACCCUGGUAGAGUCCAAACUGCCUGCUGUUACCUGCUAUGCUGAUGCCAAGCCCUGUCUGCAGACUCAUGGCUUCAUCAUCCGUGUGAAAGACUGUGGCUGCAUUGUGAAGUUCUACAAUGAUGUUCAGGGCCUGGUGCCCAAGCAUGAGCUCAGUGGAGAGUAUAUCCCUGACCCAGAGAGGGUUUUUUAUCCUGGACAGGUGAUGAAGGUUGUGGUGCUGAGCUGUGAGCCAUCCAGAGAGAGGAUGCUCUUAUCCUUCAAGCUGUUGAGUGAUCCAGAACCAAAGAAAGAGCGUGUGGGACAGAAUCAGAAGAAGGGAAAAGCUGUUAACGUUGGGCAGUUGGUGGAUGUGAAGGUUUUAGAGAAGACCAAAGAUGGGCUGGAGGUGGCUGUGCUGCCCCACAGAACUCCUGCUUUCCUUCCCACUACUCAUCUGUCAGACCACAUUGCCAAUGGCCCACUGUUGUAUCACUGGCUCCAGGCAGGCGACAUUCUCCACAGAGUCUUGUGUCUGAGCCAGAGUGAAGGACAUGUUCUCCUUUGCAGGAAGCCAGCCUUGGUCUCCACAAUAGAAGGUGGUCAGGACCCCAAGAACUUCUCAGAAAUCCAUCCUGGAAUGCUGCUCAUUGGCUUUGUGAAGAGCAUCAAGGAGUAUGGUGUGUUUGUCCAGUUCCCCUCAGGUCUCAGUGGACUGGCUCCCAAAGCUAUCAUGAGUGACAAAUUUGUGACCUCCACAAGUGACCACUUUGUUGAGGGGCAGACGGUGGUUGCAAAGGUGACCAACGUGGAUGAGGAGAAGCAACGGAUGCUGCUGUCUCUGCGGCUGUCAGACUGCGCUCUGGGGGACUUGGCUACCACCAGCCUCCUCCUCCUGAGCCAGUGCCUGGAGGAGCUGCAAGGUGUGCGCAGCCUCAUGAGCAACCGAGACUCUUUAUUGAUCCAAAGACUGUCUGAGAUGAUCCCUGGAAUGGUCCUUGACUUAGAAGUGCAGGAGGUGUUGGAAGAUGGCUCUGUGAUAUUCAGUGGGGGCCCAGUGCCUGACUUGGUCUUGAGAGCCAGCAGAUAUCACCAGGCAGGGCAGGAGGUGGAAUCUGGGCAGAAAAAGAAGGCUGUAAUAUUAAGUGUUGAUAUGUUAAAGUUGGAAGUACAUGUUUCCCUUUGCCAGGAUUUGGUGACUAGAAAAGCUAAAAAGCUGAAGAAAGGCAGUGAACACCAGGCGAUUGUGCAGCACUUGGAGGAGUCCUUUGCCAUUGCCUCCUUGGUAGAGACUGGCCACCUGGCAGCUUUCUCCCUGACCUCUCACCUCAAUGACACCUUCCGCUUUGAAUCAGAGAAGUUACACGUGGGACAGGGUGUCUCCCUAACCCUGAAGACCACAGAACCGGGAGUGACUGGUCUUCUUUUGGCUGUUGAGGGGCCAGCUGCUAAGAGGACCAUGGGGAAGACCCGGAAAGAGUCUGAGACAGUGGACGAGGAUGAGGAAGUGGAUCCACCUCUGGUUGUAGGGACUAUAAAGAAGCACACCCUGUCCAUUGGGGACAUGGUCACAGGCACCGUCAAGUCCAUUAAGGCCACCCACGUGGUUGUGACCCUGGAAGACGGCGUCAUUGGCUGUAUCCAUGCUUCCCACAUUCUAGAUGAUGUUCCAGUGGGCACCUCUCCUACUGUCAAGCUGAAAGUUGGGAAAACAGUCACUGCCCGGGUGAUUGGAGGCCGAGAUGUGAAGACAUUCAAAUUUCUCCCAAUAAGUCACCCCAAAUUUAUUCGAACCAUCCCGGAGCUGAGUAUUCGACCGAGUGAGCUGGAGGACGGCCACACCGCUCUCAACACUCACUCUGUUAGCCCCCUGGAGAAGAUUAAACAGUACCAGGCUGGCCAGACUGUGACUUGCUUCUUAAAGAGGUACAAUGUGGUUAAGAAAUGGCUUGAAGUGGAGAUUGCUCCGGACAUUCGGGGGAGGAUUCCUUUGUUGCUCGCUUCUCUUAGCUUUAAGGUUCUGAAACAUCCAGAUAAGAAGUUCCAGAUUGGCCAGGCCCUGAGGGCAACUGUGGUUGGCCCGGAUUCCUCCAAGGCCUUCCUGUGUCUGUCACUCAUAGGUCCUCACAAGCUUGUGAAAGGGGAAGUGGCCAUGGGCCGAGUUGUGAAGGUGACUCCCAAUAAGGGGCUGACUGUCUCCUUCCCCUUUGGGAAGAUUGGAAGAGUCAGUAUAUUUCAUGUUAGUGACUCUUACUCUGAGACACCCCUGGAAGACUUCGUCCCUCAGCAGGUUGUCAGGUGUUGUGUCCUGUCCACUGCUGACCAUGUGUUGACUUUGUCACUGAGAUCGUCCAGAACAAAUCCGAUGACGAAAAGCAAAAUAGAAGAUCCUGAAAUUAACUCCAUCAAGGACCUCAAGGAAGGGCAGCUCUUGAGGGGCUAUGUGAAGGCCGUCCAGCUGCACGGUGUGCUCUUGGGCCUUGGCCCCUCUGUUGUGGGUUUGGCUCGGUACCCCCACAUCUCCCAGUAUAGCCGGUCCAAGAAAGCACUUUGUAACAGAUACCUCCCCGAAGGAAAGCUACUCACAGCCAAGAUACUAAGCCUGAACUAUGAGAAGAACCUGGUGGAGCUUUCAUUCCUCCCUGGUGAUACUGGGAAGCUGGAUGUGUUUUCUGCCUCUCCAGAACUACCACUUGUAGAGCAGGAGGAGAAGAAAAUAGAGGCAGAGAAGAGCAAUCAAAACAGGAGUGAGGAGAAGAGGAACCAGAAAGGGAAAGAGAAAAAGAGCCAGAAAGGUCAGCUGGAAUCAAAGCUGCCCUGCAAUAAGAAAGAGCCUAAGAAGCCACCAGUGAAGAGGCAGGGCAGUUGGGGGCGCCUGGAGUCUGGAAGUGAGCAGGAAAGUGUGAACAAGAAGCAAAGGAAAGCUGAUCCAAAGGAAGAUGACAUUGGUGUUGAAGUAUAUUAUCGGGAAGGAGAAGAGGAGAUAGAAGAGAUGAGUGUGCUGCCCAAGGAGAAGCAGGCCAAGCCAGCAGAUGUGCCGCGGCUGCAGCUGUCUUCAGGCUUCGUUUGGGAUGUGGGGCUAGACUCUCUUACCCCGGCCUUGCCACCUGGAGGAGAGAGCUCAGACAGCGAGGAGGACGAGCAGCCACACCAAGCUACGCAGAAGAAGAAAAGCAAGAAGGAGAGAGAGUUGGAGAAGCAGAAGGCAGAGAAGGAGUUGUCCCGCAUUGAGGAGGCACUGAUGGACCCUGGGCGGCAACCAGAAUCAGCAGAUGAUUUUGACCGACUUGUGCUGAGCUCCCCCAACAGCUCCAUCCUGUGGCUGCAGUACAUGGCCUUUCACCUCCAGGCCACAGAGAUCGAGAAGGCCCGUGCUGUGGCUGAGAGGGCCCUCAAGACCAUCUCCUUCAGAGAGGAGCAGGAGAAGCUGAAUGUGUGGGUGGCACUGCUGAACCUAGAAAACAUGUACGGCUCACAGGAGUCACUGACCAAAGUCUUCGAGCGGGCUGUGCAAUACAAUGAGCCUCUCAAGGUCUUUCUCCAUCUGGCUGACAUCUACACCAAGUCAGAGAAAUUCCAGGAAGCUGGCGAACUCUACAAUCGGAUGCUGAAGCGUUUCCGGCAGGAGAAAGCUGUUUGGAUCAAAUAUGGUGCCUUUCUUCUGCGGAGGGGCCAAGCUGGUGCCAGUCACCGCGUGCUGCAGCGAGCUCUUGAGUGCCUGCCUAACAAGGAGCAUGUGGAUAUCAUCGCCAAGUUUGGCCAACUUGAGUUCCAGCUGGGGGAUGUGGAAAGGGCGAAAGCCAUUUUUGAGAACACCCUGAGCACCUACCCAAAGCGCACAGAUGUCUGGUCGGUCUACAUUGACAUGACCAUCAAGCAUGGCAGCCAGAAGGAAGUCCGGGACAUCUUUGAGCGGGUCAUCCAUCUGAGCCUGGCCCCCAAGAGAAUGAAGUUCUUCUUCAAGCGCUAUCUGGACUACGAGAAGCAACAUGGCACUGAGAAGGAUGUGCAGGCAGUGAAGGCGAAGGCGCUGGAAUACGUGGAGUCCAGGAGCUCAGUGUUGGAGGACUAGCGACAGGCUGGCUCCAAGGGCCACUGUCAGAGGGGACCCAGCCCAGCCUGUCCCCAGGCACCUGGGCUGUUGGGAGCUCAUUUGCCUGAGGACUCUAUUUUAAAAAGUGCUGCUUUUUCUGCAGCAGUCUCAGAAUAGUCCUGUGAGGAUGAAAAAUAAUUUGGUAUUUCUUUUAAUUC